AAAUGCAUCCAUGCAAAUGCAAAUGUAGCUGUUUCAUAAGAUAUUGCCAACGUUAAAAAAAAGAAGAAAAAACCCUAGCUGUGAGAAACUUGUUGGACAAAAAUUCAAGCAAUUCAAACCAUGUGAUAAACAUACAAAUUAUGCAACCAUGGAUGCAUCCACACUAUUCAUCGCCCUCCUCGCCCUCGUCAAUCUCCCGAUUCCGUCAUGUGGAUAUCCGCUUUCAACCGACAAGAGGUGGAUCCGAGAUGACGCCACAGGACAAAGGGUAAAACUCGCUUGCGUAAACUGGCCGGGACAUCAGGAAACAAUGUUGCCGGAAGGGCUUCACAAGGCGCCGUUGGCCAACAUCGUGUCGAACAUUAAGAAACUAGGGUUCAACUGUGUCCGGCUCACGUACGCGACCAACAUGUUUACGAUCGACGACACCACCACGGCGAUGAAGAACCUGGAGUCGCUGGGGUUGAGGGGAGCGAUUUCCGGAUUCAAUAUGUAUAACCCGACGUUGUUGGAAGCUACGGUUGCGAGGGUUCAAAGUGCAGUUAUAGAUGAACUUGGUUCGCAAGGGUUAAUGGUGAUACUUGACAAUCACGUCAGUGAACCGAAGCCGUGUUGCCGUGAUAACGACGGGAAUGGAUUCUGGGGUGAUACGUAUUUUGAUCCUAAAGAAUGGAUGAGAGCCUUGUCCAUGGUGGCUAUACGAUACAGCGGUACUCCUGCGGUUGUGGGACUGAGCUUAAGAAACGAGCUGCGGGGGCCCAAUCAAAACUGGACGGCCUGGAUAGAGAACGUUGAGACGGGAGUAGACCUAAUCACACAGUUCAACACAAACGCCUUGAUCAUAGUAUCCGGGCUGAACUACGAUCACGAUCUCCAGUACUUCCAAAACAAGACCUUGUGUACGAAUGCCCAAAACAAACUCGUGUACGAAGUGCACAGGUAUUCCUUCACUAACCCAAACCCAGCUUUUGGAGACCAAAACAUUUGGUUGAACCAAUCUCUGAACGAUGCUUGUGACCAAAUGACCCAAGAUAUGGAACAAAAAGUGGGAUUUUUGCUUAAGGGUAAUAAUACGUCUGGCCCGGUUUUCGUGUCCGAAUUUGGGGUUGAUGAAACUGGUGCCAAUGCUGCUGACAAUGAUUAUCUGCCGUGUUUGAUGAGUUAUCUUGUUGAGAAUGAUCUUGACUGGGGACUUUGGGGAUUACAAGGCUCUUAUUACUACAGGGAAGAAGAAAUUGAUCCCGUUGAACCCUAUGGGAUUUUGAAUGCUAAUUGGACGGCUGUCAAGAACCCCGAAUUUGUCAACAAAUUGCACUUUAUUCAACGGAAAAUUCAAGAUCCAUAUUCAAAUAAAACUGGUUACUUAAUAAUGUACCAUCCAUUGAGUGGGAAAUGCGCAACAGUGAACAACUCUAAGGUCUAUUUGGGGGACUGUUUUAACACAACUAAAUGGUAUUACCAGGGAAUAUGGUUUCCAUUGGGCAUACUAAACACUCGAUUGUGCCUUAGGGCAGUGGGAGACGGAUCUCCGGUGGUUAUCACCGAUCAUUGCCGUCGUAUGACGUGGCAGUUCUUCACAAAAUCCCAAAAUCAGAUUUCCAUGAGAGAUGACAAGGGGUUGGAUUUGUGCCUGGACUGGGAUACUUCCACCUCCCAGAAAGUUGUAACCAAGAAAUGCAUUAGUGCUGCUGGCAAUUCCACGAACCCUCAAAGCCAAUGGUUCAAAUUGGUUCCAUCCAAUAUUUGGUGAAUAUUUUUCGGAGUUUAAGUGAGAGAGAUUGGAGAAAACGGAACCUUUCUUUUUUGAGAGGAUAUAAGUUCAUGAAUGGGAAAGAAAAAUGUUGGGAAUUUUUAGAUUUUGAAAGUGACUUAUCCCGAACUCGGAUUAGUCAUGAUGAUAAUGAGUUAGGUGUGCAUGUUAUUUAUAAAAUGUAAAAGCAAAUGAAAUCAAAUUGUACAUUAAGGUGUAUAUAUAUAUGUACAUAAUUAUACAAUGUUAUUAGCUCUCUUUAAAAAUUUUAGAAUCUCUGUGUUCUUUAUUAUCCCUGGUUAGGGACUUCUGGGUUCUGGCUUCUGGAUUAGUGAAACUGUCUGUUUUUGG